AUGCGUUUUUCAUUUCGUCGAUUGGGAAUGAUUUGGGGUAAAAUUGGUUAUCAGCGUGGUAAAAUUGAAUAUACACUAUCACCCUAUCAGCAAAAUCCUUAUGCUGGAGUGGGUGGUGAUGUUUCAUAUCGAUAUUAUACGCGUUUAUUCAAAACAAUCGCCAUAUAUUGGGUGCCCAAUAUAGCAUGGGGAGUAGCCCUUUACAAUUGGGCAAAUUGGGAGUAUGAACGGUCAAUAAGAAAGAAACCAGGAGACUUUGACGAUGAAAAGCCACCACAAGAAGAAGACCCAUUAAUGUCAGGUUAUUUUCAAUUGUCAAAUUCCACGAAAGAUUUUAAAUCUCGUACAAAUGGCGUAUUCGAUCAACUUGGUAGUUUAGAAAAAGAACAUAUUGUACAACAAAAAUUAUGCCCAUCUCGUCUAGAUGAUGAUUUUAUUCCUACAAGUAGUGUACGCUUAAACGAUACCACUGACAAUCCAAAUAUACCAUCAGACGCUGUCUGUUCAACUUCUUUACAUAAUAAACAAAAGGCAUCUGAUUUAAAUUCGCCAGGUUAUCUACGCGAGCCAGAAAAGUGGCAAAAGUAUACGCUGACUGAUGUCAAUGAUCAUAUGCUAACGGGCGUAGCAAACAGACAUGCAUUAAGUCAAUUUUUUCAAACACGUGUGAAAAAAUCCAAAACAAGAGAUGAUGACGAUGCUACAGAGAUGAAUGAUGAGGAAACACGUGUUAUUUUUCGACGUCCCCCAACCAAGAAAAAGUUUACUGACAAAAUGCUCGAGAAUGAUGAUGAUGAACCACUUCAGCCCUCGAUAAAAAUUCACGCGAAAGAUCAACAACAAUCAGCAGUUAAUGAUAAUGAAGUAGAGGAAGAAGAAGUUCUGCCACAAAAAUUAGUGAAUAUUAAAAAACGUAAUAAAAAUCAACGGGGAAGUGUUACGUUUAGUUCAAAUACAAAUAAGAAAAUGCAAAAACAUGAUAUUAUUGAUGAAGACAGCAGUGAUAGUCGAAACGAAGACGAUGAAUCGACGGUUGAUAAUGACCUGGAUGAACCAUAA